AUGCGCCCCGAGAGCCUCCCGCCGCUGGUGAUCGCCGUCGCCAUGCAGGUGUUCCAGCAGUUCACGGGCAUCAACGCCAUCAUGUUCUACGCGCCAGUGCUGUUCCAGACCAUGGGCUUGGGGAAGGAUAGCUCCCUGCUCUCGGCCGUGGUCACCGGCGGCGUCAACGUGGUGUCCACCGUCGUGUCCAUCAUCCUCGUCGACAAGGUCGGCCGGCGGAAGCUCCUGCUAGAGGCGUGCGUGCGGAUGCUGGUGGCGCAGACGGCCGUCGGCGGGAUCAUGCUGGUGCACCUUCGCCUGGUCGUGGGGCCCCUCGGGUGGCUCAUCCCGUCGGAGACGUUCCCGCUGGAGACGCGCACGGCGGGGUUCUCGUUCGCCGUCAGCUCCAACAUGCUCUUCACCUUCCUCAUUGCGCAGGCGUUCCUAUCCAUGAUGUGCUCCAUGCGCGCCUUCAUCUUCUUCUUCUUCGCCGUGUGGAUCGUCGCCAUGGCCACGUUCGUCCUCGCGCUGCUCCCGGAGACCAAGGGCGUCCCCAUCGACGAGAUGGUGGACAGGGUCUGGCGUCGCCACUGGUUCUGGAAGAGGUACGUCGCCAACGCCGACGAGGCUAGGGUCAACGACAACUGCUAG